GUAGAUGCUAUAUUUUUUGAAAGAUUAAAAAGAAUACUUAAAAUUGUCAUUCCCGGUAUAAGGUCAAAAGAGUUAUGGUUGUUGAUUAUCCAUUCUGGCUUUUUAGUUUUUCGGACUAUAUUGUCAGUAUAUGUUGCUGCUUUGGAUGGAAGGAUUGUUAGUGCUUUGGUACGAGGUAAUGGAAAGGAUUUCUUAACAGGAAUUGUGUGGUGGAUGACUGUUGCUAUACCAGCGACAUAUACAAACAGCAUGCUUACAUACAUGCAAAAUAAAUUGGCUAUACAAUUUAGAACUCGUCUUACCCAACAUAUACAUAAAAAAUACUUGUCCGAUAUGACCUUUUAUGCUAUUGGAAACUUGGAUGACCGUAUAAAAAAUGCUGACCAAUGUAUUACCGUUGAUACGAUGAAAUUCUGUAACUCUCUUUCCGAAUUAUAUUCUAAUCUCGCGAAACCAAUCUUGGAUGUUUUCAUUUAUAACAUACAAUUGGCAAAUAAUGUAGGAGGAGAGGGAUUAUUUGCAUUAUCAUUUAUGGUACAUAUAUCCUCUGUAAUAUUGCGAACAUUAACUCCACCGUUCGGAAAGAUGGUUGCGGAAGAACAAAAACUUGAGGGAGAAUUUAGAUUUACACAUUCACGCUUGAUUGAAAAUGCAGAAGAAAUUGCACUAUAUUCUGGGCAUGAAGUUGAAAAGGCCAUUUUAGAUCGCAAUUAUUUUGCAUUAAUUAAACAUAUUAAUAGAAUUUUCCGUAUGCGUAUUUUUCACGGAAUGAUGGAAGAUUUUAUUAUUAAAUAUUUGUGGGGUGCUAUGGGAUUGAUUCUUUGCUCCGUUCCUGUAUUCUUUACAGUGCCAGGAAUAAAGAAAGGUGAUCUUGGUUCUCGUGCAGAAGGGUUUAUCACCAAUCGUAGAUUGUUAUUGAGCUCUUCAGAUGCUUUUGGGCGCAUCAUGUAUUCUUAUAAAGAAAUUACUGAGUUGGCCGGCUACACGACCCGUGUAUCUGAAUUAUUGGAUACUUUUGAUGCUGUAAAAGUAGGUCGUUUUGAAAAGCAACUUGCCUCUGAGGCUUCAACUGAGGAAAAUGCCGCAGUGUUAUCCGGUCGUGGAGAAGUCAUUGAAAGUGAAAUUAUUAAAUUUGUUGAUGUACCUAUAGUAUCCCCGAAUGGUGAUGUCUUAUUAAAAACAUUAAGAUUCCAUGUGAAACCGGGAAUGCACUUAUUAAUCGUGGGACCUAAUGGGUGUGGUAAAAGUAGUUUAUUUAGAAUCUUGGGUGGUCUUUGGCCUGUUUAUGGUGGUACCGUUCACAGACCAAAUCCAAAGGAUAUUUUUUAUAUCCCUCAACGACCUUACUUAUCACUUGGCACAUUGCGAGACCAAAUUAUCUAUCCACAUACCGUUGAAGAAAUGAAAAAGCGAGGAAAAACUGAUCAAGAUUUGCAAGAUAUUCUUAAUAUUGUUCAUUUAAAUACAAUUGUUGAGCGUGAAGGAGGUUGGGAUAAGGAACGCGAAUGGAAAGAUGCUUUAUCAGGAGGAGACAAACAAAGAAUUGCUAUGGCUAGACUCUUUUAUCAUCAACCAAAAUAUGCAAUUUUGGAUGAAUGUACAAGUGCUGUAGGUUUGGAUAUUGAAAAAAUCAUGUAUACUCAUGCUACUGAUUUAGGAAUUUCUUUAUUGACUGUGUCUCAUCGUCCAUCAUUAUGGAAAUAUCAUAAUUAUAUUUUACAAUAUGAUGGGCAAGGAGGAUAUGUAUUUACUAAAUUAGAUGCGGAACGUCGUUUAAAACUUCAAGAGGAAAAACAACAUUUAGAACAAAAACUUGUUGAAGUACCGAAAUUACAAGCUAGAUUAAACGGUUUGAAAGCAAUGUUAGCUGAAAGAGAUGCAGACGACAAUCUUAGUGCAACUUCAUAA